AUGUCCCUCCCAGCCGCCGUCGUAUCUGGUUCUUACCGGUCCGCGAGUAGUGUCAUAGGUGCUAUAGAAGCCUACCGUCGCACGCAAACCCAACACUCCGACUUCGUCUCUGGAUCGCUCUCUUCGUCCUCUGGUCCCAGCGCCGCAACCGACCCCGAAAAUGCCUUUCAAGAAAACGAUGACCUCGACCCUUUCGACGACGACGAGGAUGCGCCGUCGAUACGCGAGAGGACACGCAGCUCCGGCGAACACCCGUUCCUUGCCAACAUCCAGUGGGACGACGAUCUGACUCCUGCCCCUACCUCCGAAGGUCGCCAGUAUGAUUUUCGUCCUGCUGCACGAGCGCCGUGGAAUAUUCCUCCAGCAUUUGAAGACGAGGACGACCUCCCUACUCCCCGCGCCGGUCCAGGCGAACGUACACCCCUUAUGGCCCGCUCCUCCUCCUCUCGCACCGUUGUUCCGAACUACCGGACCCCCGCACAAGUCGAGCAGAGCAUACCAGAGCACUCCGCCCUUCAAAGGCGAGCUUCACAUCUGAGUACUCGAUCCAAGUCGUCCUGGAGGGAACGCAAGCCAAGCCAUGGCGGGCAGAGCACUUUUGCGCAGACGUUGCUUAAUGCAGUUGCCGUAUUGUUUGGUAUCGGUAUGCUUUCCGAGCCCAUGGCUUUCUCUUACGCCGGUUGGAUCUGGGGCACUAUUCUUAUAAUUGGAUAUGGCUAUAUCUCAUGCUAUACUGCGAAGAUCCUUGCGCGUAUAGUUCUCGGAGAUAACACCAUUCGUUCCUACGCCGAUAUUGGUCGAAAGGCCUUUGGACCCCGCUCGAUGCCUCUCAUCAGUGCCAUUUUUGGCCUCGAACUAUUCACCGUUUCUGUUGCUCUGGUCACUUUAUAUGCCGACUCUCUGCACGCGGUCCUCCCAGAAUACUCUUCAGAUAUCUACAAGCUGAUUGGUCUUGCUAUAAUGAUACCCGCGGUUCUCAUGCCCCUCUCUGUGCUUUCGUUUGCGUCUAUCGUCGGGAUCUUCUCCCUCGUGGCCAUCAUCUGCAUAAUUAUCUUCGACGGCUUCACCAAAUUCGACAGCCCUGGCAGUCUCUGGAACCCAGCGGCUACUAGUCUUGGUAUUGACAACUUUAAAGAACUCGGGGUUGCGUUCGGGCUGUUCAUGGCGGGGUUCUCUGGACAUGCUGUCAUCCCCACUCUGGCGAGGGACAUGCAAGAUCCUUCGCGUUUCGACGAAAUGAUUAACUGGGCCUUCGUCGUUGCAACCGGAAUAUACGGUCUGCUUGGCGUAGUCGGCUACAUCAUGUUCGGCAACGCCGUCAGCGAUGAGUUCAGUCAGGACCUGAUGAGGUAUAACACUCAUCCGGCUCUGAACACGAUCGCACUAUGGGGUCUCGUCAUCACUCCCCUGUCAAAGUAUGCCCUUACUGCCCGCCCCCUUAAUGUUACGAUCGAAAUGUUCUUCGGCCUUGAAUCCGGCGCCGCCGACCCUCACGACCCUCACGGUUCCCCAAUCUCUCCCUCCUCCGGACACUCCAGCAAGACCAAGGAGCUCCUCAUUACCGCCGAGCGCAUCGCGCUCACUUUACUCUCCGUCGCCGUCUCCAUCCUCAUACCCGAGUUCGCGUCCGUUAUGGCCGUUCUUGGCUCUACCUUCUCCUUCCUCCUCUGUAUCAUCGGCCCCGUCUGCGCCAAAGUGGCGCUCGCCGGUGGUGCGCGCCAGUGUGGUUUCUGGGACGCGAUUUUGCUCGCAGUGAGCACCGCGAUGGCGGUGUGGGGCACGAUAUGUGCUUUCGAGAGCGCGAAUCCCGUUCUUUGA